AUGUCUUCGUCCAAUAUUCUCUUCCGUUUGAGUGAUUCUUUAUUCGUGUUUGUUGGUGAAAAUGGAAUUAAAAACAAUGAUCACUUGUCUCUGUUUCUGGAAGUCGACAAUCAUGGAUCAUUGCCUAUUGGAUGGAGAAGACACGUAAAAUUUUCAUUGACCGUAUCAAAUCAACUUUCGAAAAAACUCUCAGUAAAAGAUCAUGAAUCCCAACAGUGGUAUGAGCAGAAAAGUCCCAGCUGGGGUCGUCUUUCCAUGUUGCCUCUUAAUAAGCUCCAUGCCAAAGAUUCCGGAUUCCUUUUAAAUGGAGAUCUCAAAAUAUUUGUUGAGAUGGAUGUUCUUGAAGUUAUUGGCAAAUUAGAUGUGUCGGAGGAAACUUCAACAAUAAUGGAAACAAUGGAUGUUAAUGGCUUUCAGAUUGUUCCUUCACAUGCAGAAUAUGUGAGCCGUAUGUUUGAAAAGCACUCGGAGCUUGCAUCUGAGUUCCGUCCAAAGAACCAAAAUCUAAGGACAGCAUACAUAAGUUUUCUACUCAGUCUGAUUGAGACUAUGUGCCAGUCACCGCAGGAGCUCUCUCAGGAUGAUCUGUCUGAUGCUCAUGCUGCACUGGGAUUCAUGAGAGAUGCUGGAUUUAAGUUGGAUUGGUUGGAGAAGAAGCUUGAUGAGGUGGCAGAGAAGAAGAAUAAUGAGAAAGCUUCUCAAUCUGGGCUGCAAGAAAUGGAGGAAGAUUUGAGGGACUUGAAGCGGAAGUGUUCAGACAUGGAAGCUCUGGUGGAGAAAGAAAAGGUGAAGAUGUCGGCUGCAAAAGCUCCUCUCUCAUUUGAUGAUGUUGUUUACGUUAUAUUCUCUUCUGUUUUAGUGGCUUCUUUUAUUCCUGUUUGCUGUUGCACAUGUAGGUAUCUUAUUGCAUAUCCCAAGGGAAAUAACAGUGAUCACUUGUCUGAGUUGUCUCUGUUUCUGGAAGUCGACCAAUCUAGAUUAUUGCCUAUUGGAUGGAGAAGACACGCAAAUUUUUCAUUUACCGUAUUAAAUCAACGUUCAAAAAAACUCUCGAGAAAACAUGAAUUACAACAGUGGUUUGAGCAGAAGAGUCCCGGCUGGGGUCGUCAAUCCAUUUUGCCUCAUAAUGAGCUCCACGCCAAAGAUUCCGGAUUUCUUGUAAAUGGAGAUCUCAAAAUAUUUGUUGAGAUUGAUGUUCUUGAAGUUAUUGGCAAAUUAGAUGUGUCAGAGGAAACUUCAACAAUAAUAGAAACAAUGGAUGUUAAUGGGUUUCAGAUUCUUCCUUUGCAUGCAGGAUCGGUGAGCCGUAUGUUUGAAAGACACUCAGAGCUUGCAUCUGAGUUCCGUCCAAAGAACCCAAAUCUAAGGACAGCAUACAUAAGUUUUCUACUCAGUCUGAUUGAGACUAUGUGCCAGUCACCGCAGGAGCUCUCCCAGGAUGAUCUGUCUGAUGCUCAUGCUGCACUGGGAUUCAUGAGAGAUGCUGGAUUUAAGUUGGAUUGGUUGGAGAAGAAGCUUGAUGAGGUGGCAGAGAAGAAGAAUAAUGAGGAAGCUUCUCAAUCUGGGCUGCAAGAAAUGGAGGAAGAUUUGAGGGACUUGAAGCGGAAGUGUUCAGACAUGGAAGCUCUGGUGGAGGAAGAAAAGGAGUUUCUAUCAAGAUCGAUGGGGAAGGAAGUAGAUAACAAGUUCACUUGGGUGAUUAGGAACUUCUCCUCUCUUCAAUCCGAGAAAAUUUACUCUGAUGAAUUCGUUGUUGGUGGUUGCAAAUGGCGUCUCCUUGCUUUUCCUAAUGGAAAUGGUGUUAAGUGUUUGUCUCUGUAUCUUGACGUUGCUGGUAGUGAAUCAUUGCCCCAUGGUUGGAGAAGACGAGCAGAACUGUCUUUAAGUGUAGUGAAUCAAGUUUGUGAUGAACUCUCCGAGAAUAAAGUUACAGAGCACUGGUUUGAUGCGAGGGACUGCGACUUUGGUUAUACAUCAAUGCUUCCACUUGACACAAUUUAUGAUAAAGAUUGUGGAUUCCUUGUAAACGGAGACCUCAAGAUUGUUGCUUUGGUAAAAGUUUUUGAAGUUAUUGGAAAACUAGAUGUACCAGAGGAAACCGAAUCACUGAGCAAGGUAGAGGAAGAUGGUGGUGUGGAGGCUAGUGAUUUUCUUGAUGUUUCAUUGAAUGAAAGCAUGGACGUCAAUGGCUUUCAAGUUCUUCCUUCACAGCUGGAAUCUGUGAGCCGUAUAUUUGAGAGACACCCUGACAUUGCGUCACAGUUCCGUCCAAAGAAUCAGCAUCUGAGGACAGCUUACAUCAACGUCCUCCUCAGCCUAAUCAAGACGCUGUGCCAAUCGACUCAGGAGCUCUCCAAGGAAGACCUGAAUGACGCAUAUGCUUCUCUUGCGUACUUGACAGACGCAGGGAUGAAUUUAGAUUGGUUAGAAGAGAAAUUGGAAGAAAUGUCAGAAAAGAAGGAGAAACAGGAAGCUGGCGAGAAAAGGAUGAAAGAGAUAGAGGAAGAGUUGAAGGAUUUGAAGCUGAAGUUCUCAAACCUGGAAGCUGAGCUGGAGAAGGAGAAAGCAGAUGUGUCUGUGGCCAGAGCUCCCUUAUCAUUCGAUGAUGUUGUUUGA